AUGAUGCUGCAUCAAGCCCGGGCUCGAGCUCCUGCAGCUCUGCGGUGCUUGUCCCGCCCGACAUCAGCACGCGCUCUGUCUACUUCCCUCCCACGCUUCCAGAAGGAAAAGGACAAUGGUCUCAACAAGUACUCCCGAACCAUCACCCAGCCCAUUGCCCAAGGUGCGGCCCAGGCCAUGCUGUACGCCGUCGGACUCAAGGAGGAAGACAUGAACAAGGCCCAGGUCGGCAUCUCGUCCGUCUGGUUUAACGGAAACCCCUGCAACAUGCACCUGAUGGAUCUCAGCAACAAGGUCCGCACCGGUGUGCAGGACUCCGGCCUGAUUGGCUUCCAGUUCAACACCAUCGGUGUCAGCGACGGCAUGGGAAUGGGCACACCCGGUAUGCGCUUCUCUCUGCAGAGUCGUGAUAUCAUUGCCGACUCCAUCGAGACUGUCAUGGGUGGUCAGUGGUACGAUGCCAACAUCAGUAUUCCCGGCUGUGACAAGAACAUGCCCGGUGUGUUGAUCGCCAUGGGCCGUGUCAACCGUCCCAGUAUCAUGGUUUACGGUGGUAGUAUCAAGCCCGGCUGCGCCGCCACCCAGGGCAAUGCCGAUAUCGACAUCGUCUCUGCCUUCCAGGCUUAUGGCCAAUUCCUCACAAAGGAGAUCACCGAGCCCCAGCGCUUCGACGUCAUCCGUCACGCCUGCCCCGGUGAGGGUGCCUGCGGUGGAAUGUACACCGCUAACACCAUGGCCACCGCUAUCGAGACCAUGGGUAUGACCCUCCCCGGAUCCUCUUCCAACCCGGCCAACUCCCAGGCCAAGUACCUGGAGUGCUUGGCUGCCGGUGGUGCGAUCAAGAAGCUGCUCGUCGAGGAUAUCCGUCCCCGCGACAUCCUCACCCGCCAGGCCUUCGAGAAUGCCAUGACCGUCAUCAACAUCACCGGUGGAUCCACCAACGCCGUGCUGCACCUGAUUGCCAUCGCCGACUCCGUCGGCAUCAAGCUCACCGUCGAUGACUUCCAGGCCGCCUCAGACCGCACUCCCUUCCUGGCCGACCUCAAGCCUUCCGGCAAGUACGUCAUGGCCGACAUGUUCAACAUCGGCGGAACCCCCGCUCUGUUGAAGAUGCUACUCCGAGAGGGUAUGAUCGAUGGUUCUGGUAUGACUGUUACCGGUGAGACCCUCGCCAAGAACUUGGAGAAGGUCGAGGACUUCCCCGCCAGCCAGAAGAUCAUUCGCCCUCUGUCCGACCCCAUCAAGCCCACCGGCCACAUUCAGAUCCUGCGCGGCUCGCUCGCUCCCGGCGGCAGUGUCGGUAAGAUCACCGGCAAGGAGGGCACACACUUCGUCGGCAAAGCCCGUGUCUUCGACUCAGAAGACCUCUUCAUCGAAGCGCUCGAGCGUAACGAGAUCAAGAAGGAGGAUAAGACCGUCGUCGUGAUUCGCUACUGCGGACCCAAGGGCGGCCCCGGCAUGCCUGAAAUGCUCAAGCCCUCCGCCGCUCUAAUGGGUGCCGGCCUCGGCUCAUCAUGCGCCCUAAUCACCGAUGGCCGCUUCUCAGGCGGUUCGCACGGAUUCCUAAUCGGCCACAUCGUCCCCGAAGCCGCCGUCGGCGGACCUAUCGGUCUCAUCCAAGACGGCGACGUCGUCUCCAUCGACGCCGACAACCUCCUCCUUGACAUGGACGUUCCAGAAUCAGAGCUUGUCACCCGCCGCAAGGACUGGGAGGCUCGCAAGGCUGCUGGCCAGCUGCCCAAGACCGGUCUUGAUAUGCGUGGUACUUUGGGUAAGUAUGCCCGCAUUGUUAAGGAUGCUAGCCACGGCUGUAUCACCGAUGCUGUGGAAUAA